AUGGGGAGUGCACCGAGACUCAAGAUAACAGUGGUGGGCGAUGGUAUGGUUGGCAAAACUUGCCUUCUCUACGUUUACACUAGAAACGAAUUCCCUAAAGAAUACGUACCGACGGUAUUUGACAACUAUGUAGGACAUAUUACAGUUGAUGGACAAGAAAUUGAGAUGACACUCUGGGACACUGCCGGCCAGGAAGAUUACGAAAGACUUAGACCAUUGUCAUAUAAUAACACGCAUUGUUUCCUGGUAUGUUACUCAGUUGGGAGCAGGUCUUCUUAUGAAAACGUUGGUCACAAAUGGUAUCCUGAAUUAAAACAUUUUAGUUCGUCAGUACCAAUAGUACUUGUUGCUACCAAAACAGAUUUAAGAGCAAGCGGCCAAGCGGUUAUAACUACACAAGAAGGAAAAGUAUUAAAAAGGAAAAUAAGAGCAGUCCAGUUGGUUGAAUGUUCUGCGUUGGAAAGAGAGAACAUGCAUGAAGUAUUUGAGGAGGCCGUGCGAGCUGCUCUCAAGAAGAAGCAAGUGACAAAACGAACUUGCAAUUUCCUAUGA